GCCAACGGCGUUUCUGCACAGAAAUUGCAGUGUGUACUGAGAGAGGUGUUAGAUGCUGCGAGUAAGGCUCACAUUCCCAUAGUGGCCACCAUUUGUGACAUGGGCACUGCUAACGUGAGAGCUAUAAAAGACAUGGGAUCAGACAUUAAUAAUCCUUACUUUGUGCACAAUGAAUUGAAAAUAUUUACCAUAUUUGAUGUGCCACAUCUAUUGAAAUGUUUUCGGAAAUAUAAUAUUUUGCUUCCCACUGUAACCUUUGCUACUCAACAACAAUUAAUGCAAGCCAGGUGGUCAGAUAUAAAAAUUGCUUAUGAGCAAGACAAGAAAAAUCCACUGAUCUUUCGCAGUCUACAUAAGUUGAAAGAUUUUUAUUUAUAUCCAGUAGGCCAAACAGCUAUGAAAGUUAAAGUUGCUGCACAAACCUUGAGCCGAACAGUGUCUGUAUAUUUAUAUAAUUUAGUGCAACAAAACAUUUUGCCACCACGAUCAUUAGCUACUGCAACCUUUAUUCAAGAAAUGGAUGAGUUAUUUGACAGCCUAAAUGCUUCAGCUAGAGUUGCACCUGAUGGCAAGCCGUUUAAAUGCAUCGUUUCCGAAGAAUCAGGCCACACUUCGUUUUGGGAAGAUGCAUUCAGAUACAUACCUUGAGAGCCACCACUGAACUGUGGAAAUUUCUAAAAAGGCAAGGGUUCAAAACUUUGAAAACAAAAUGUAUAAAUCAGGAUGGACUUGAAAACCUUUUUGGAAAUAUUCGUGCAGGCUGUGGUUCUAAUGAAAAUCCUACUGUGACACAGUUUAUCGGGUCUCUGAAAACACAAAUUAUUAAUGGACUCACAAAUCAGGAUUUGAAGGGAACAAAUUGCGAGGAAGAUGAAUUAACUCUUUUAAGUAAUUUACGUUCCUUGUUAGAACCUGCUGCUGGUGUUUCAGAAUCCGUUGAAAGUAUGAACGAAUCAAGUAUUGAAAUUGCAGGCACUUCACUAAGUAAUUACAGCAACUCUAGUGCAUUUGCUGUUGACAUUGCAAAUGCUGUAGAAAUUGGUUCUCUUCAGACAUUAUCGGUUGCUUAUGUCCGCGGUUUUAUAAUUAAAAAACUAUUUUCAAACUUUGUUUGCGAUAGAUGCAGUUACAUCUUGAGCUCAGAUGACACUGAGCCAUGUAAUCAAUUUAUUUCCAGUAAGGAAUUCUCAAAUUCUAAGAAUAAAUUGUUUUAUCCUUCUAAACAGUUUGUUAUUGCGGUUGGUAUUGGUAUUACAGUUUUAGAGAAUAAGCUACCGAUUAUUUGUGAAAAGAAUAACCUACAAGAUGUAGCAACAAAUUUGCUUAACCAAGAAAUUGAUUUCUCAUUUAUUACUUGUGAGGAACAUUUUUAUUUUUUGAAAGAUUUUUUACUUAAAAGUAUAUGUAGAAUCGGAAUCCCAUGGUACUGUACAAGACUUGUCCGAAAUUUAAGAUCUGAAGCCAGCCGGCAAAUGUCAGCACGCACAAAAAGAAAAA